AAAAAAAAAAAAAAAAAAAAAAACUGAAACAAGAAUGGAGGUCGUUGGUGCAAUUGCAUCGGCAAUCGUAGAGUACAUUGUUGGACCAGUUGGACAGUGGCUAUGUUAUUCAUGCCGCUAUGGCAGCAACAUGGAGGAUCUGAAGAAUCAGGUUAAGUGUUUGCAGGAUGCUAAAAAUAAGGUGCAACACUCCAUUUGUGCUGCUAUAAGAAAUGGUGAGGAAAUUGAAGAUGAUGUCAACACGUGGUUGACGAAGGCGAGUGCGAUUAUAGAAUUGGCCACCACGAAAAUUCAUGAAGGCGAAGAAGAAGAAGUAGAGACGAGGAGGUCUAAUAUUGCGGCAUGCCUGAACUUGAGGCAACGACAUCAGUUAAGCCAAGAAGCAAAGAAUAUAGUGGAAAAUAUUGCUGAACUUCUUAAGAAUCGAGACUUCAACAGAGUUUCUUAUCGUCCUGCUUUAGAAGCUGGAACGUCGGUGACUACAAGAUACAUGGAUUACGUGAACUUGCAGUCGAGAAUGUCAGUUGCAAAGGGAAUUAUGGAGGCAUUGGAAGAUGCUAAUAUCAACAAGAUUGGUGUAUGGGGGAUGGCUGGAGUUGGAAAAAGUACAUUGAUGAGAGAAAUUGCCAGGAAAGUCAAUGAAGAAAAGUUAUUCGAUGAGGUGGCUAUGGCAAUCGUGUCGGAGAGUCCAGAUUUAAGGCGAAUUCAAGGAGAGAUUGCUGACAUGCUCGGUCUAAAGUUUGAUCAAGAGACUGAAAAAGGGAGAGCAAGUCAUCUACGAAGCAGGCUAUCGAAAGACAAGAAGAUACUUGUUAUCCUGGAUGAUAUAUGGAAACAACUUGAUUUGGUGGAAAUAGGAAUUAUUCCUUCUGAAAGAUGCAAAAUAGUACUGACAUCUAGAAAUCGAGAUGUAUUAACUUGCAGAAUGGGCACCCAAAAAGAUUUUGCAGUUCAGACUUUAUUGAAAGAAGAAGCAUGGGACUUGUUUGAGAAGAUGGCGGGUGAGUCUGUCAAAGAUCCUAGCGUAAGAGGCAUAGCAACUGAGGUAGCUAAAGAGUGUGCAGGUCUUCCUAUUGCACUCGUAACAGUUUCAAAGGCAUUAAAAAAUAAGAGUUUAGGUGAAUGGAAGGAUGCCCUGCGCCAGCUAAGAAGACUGGCUCCCAGACACGUCACAGAAAUGCUAAAAACAGUAUAUUCUCCUAUAGAGUUGAGUUAUAAGAAUCUUGAGUCUCAGCAGCUUAAAUCCCUCCUUUUGCUCUGUUCUCAACUGCGUGCCUUUGUUUUCUAUCGUGACUUGUUGAAGUAUUGUUGUGGUUAUGGCUUUUUUCAUGAUGGCAUUGAUACAUUGGAAGAAGCAAGAAACAUGCUAGAUUCACUACUUGGUAAACUAAGAGACUCUUGUCUGCUGCUAGAGAAUUUCAUUCAUGGAAUAUUUCGAAUGCAUGAUAUUGUUCGUGAUGUCGCUACAAUAAUUGCAUCAGAGGAUCAUAAUAUGUUUGUCAUCAGAGACGAUGGUGGGCUAAAAACAUGGCCAGAUGUAGAUUCACUCAAAAGAUGUGAAGCUCUCUCUAUUCUUGGUGGAGAUAUCCAUCAACUUCCCAAUGAAAUGGAAUGUCCCGAAUUAAGAUUCUUUCAUGUUCAUUUAGAAGAUCGUUCUUUGCAGAUACCGGACACUUUUUUUCAAGGGAUGGACAAGCUCGAAGUUUUAGAUUUGACAAAAAUGCAACUUUCAUCACUUCCUUCGUCUCUUCUUCUCCUUGGAAAUCUACAAACAUUGUGCUUGGAUCAAUGUGUUUUGGGAGACAUGUCUGGGAUUGGAGAACUCAAGAAUUUAGUAAUUCUUAGUUUUCUUCAUUCUAACAUUUCAAAACUGCCAAGAGAAAUAGAGUCAUUGGUUCGCUUGCGGUUGUUAGAUUUGAGCAAUUGUUCCAAACUCGAAAUGAUUCCUCCAAAUGUCAUAUCAAGUUUGGUCAAAUUAGAAGAGUUGUAUUUGGGAAACAGCUUUGUUCAAUGGGAUGAUGAAGGUCUCAAUGAUGAAAGAAAAAAUGCCAGCCUUGCUGAGUUCAAGCAUUUGUCAAAUUUGACGAGUUUAGAGAUACAAAUUCCAGAUGUCAACAAUCUACCGAAAGAUUUAAUGUUCGAAAAGUUAGAGAGAUACACAAUAUGCAUAGGAGAUGUCUGGGAUUGGAUUGAUAGUACUAGACAAACCUCGAGAACACUAAAACUGAAGUUCAACCCAUGCUUUCAACUGCAGUCUUGGGUCAAAUUGCUAUGGAAGGGAGCGGAAGAUCUUCAUUUAGACGAGUUAAACGGUGUUGAGAGUGUCAUACCCGAAAUGGAUAGAGAAGGACUUCAGCAACUUAAGCAUCUUCAUAUCCAAAAUAGUGCUGAGCUCAAGUAUAUCCUUAACUUGAGAACACCGGUUAUUGCGUUUCCUACCUUGGAGACGUUCGCUCUCGAGAAUAUGAUUAGUUUAGAAGAAAUAUGUCACGGCAAACUUCGCUUAACAUCCUUUAAAAACUUGAGAGUUUUAAAAGUGAUAAGCUGUGAUAAAUUAAGAUAUGUCUUCUCAUCAUCCAUUGCCAGGGGCCUUCCAUUACUUGAAGAAUUGGAGAUAAAAAGUUGCAACAACAUGGGUGCAAUAGUCGUGAAAGAAGAAGAACGGGGAAUAGAAGAUGGAUAUAUGAUCUCGUUUCCUCGACUGGAAACCUUGGUGCUAGAAGACGUUCCAAAGCUUGUGAGCUUCUUGAGCACAAAUAAUUCAUUCAUGAGGGAUGGUGGAGAAAUCAGCCAUGAUCCUGACAUGUCACUUCUACAUGAUCAGGUUGCCUUCCAUAAUCUCAAAACACUACAUCUAGAUGGUCUACCCAAAAUAAAGCACGUAUGGAGUAAAGACUCCCAAAUAAUUUCCAUGUUUCAAAAUUUACAAGUAGUAAAUGCUUGGAGAUGUGAGAGUUUGAAAAGUUUAUUCCCAGCCUCCAUCGUCAGAUAUCUCAAGCAAUUGAAGGAAAUUAUGAUUGUUGAGUGUGGGGUGGAGGAAAUUGUGGCAGUCGAAGGAGGAGGAGAUCAAGCAGUAGCAAGGUCGUUGGUUUUUCCUCGAGUAACUUGUCUGCAUCUUAUACAAUUAUCAAGACUCAAGUGGUUUUAUCAAGGAAUGCAUAUUUCAGAGUGGCCAAUGCUGGAAACGUUGUUGGUCAUUGGAUGUGAGAAAGUUGAGAUAUUGGCUUCCGGACUUGUGAGCUUUCAAGAAACAGUUCAAGAAAGCCCGCCUGAGAUGUGCAUUAAACAACCCCUUUUCUUGGUGGAUGAGAUGUCAUUUCGGAGCUUGGAGACAUUGCAUCUUAUCAAAAUGGAUAAGUUGGAAAUUUUAUGGCACGAUCAAGUCGCUGCGAGUUCCUUUUCCAAUACUCGUCUAUUAAUGGUUAUUGGUUGUGAAAAUCUUUUGCGCAUCUUUCAAUCUAAUCUGCUUACAACAUUCCAAAGUCUAACUUCUCUACAUAUAAUGGAUUGUGGUUCUUUGGAAGCUAUAUUUGAACGACAUGAUGCUUUAACAGCCUCAGUGCCUACAAGUCUCCCGCAAUUGGAGCAUCUUACUGAUAUGACUCUAUCUGAUUUGCCAAAACUCGAGUGGUUUUUGGAAGGGAUGCUGCAUGCUUUGGAAUUUCCGUCUUUGAAAAAAUUGCAAGUUUUGGGAUGUCAUAAAGCUAACUUUUUUGCUUCAAAAUGUUUGGAAACAAGUCAUCGGAUCAACCAACUUGAGACUUGCAUUCAACAGCCAAUUUUUGUAGUUGAGGAGGUUACGUUCCCAGACUUGGAGGUUUUGAUAUUGAACUUCGAACAAAGUACCGUAUGGCCUGGAAAGUUUUCAGUAUUUCCAUCCUUUCUUGCAAGAUUACAAAAUCUGUUGGAACUGCAAGUAUAUUAUAGUGGAUGGGAAGAAAUAUUCCCGAAUGAACUUCUUGAUCGAGAGAAAUUAGUCCCACGACUAAGAAAACUCGAGCUCCAUUGUCUUCCUAUGUUAACACAUUUGUGGAAAGGAGACGCACAUGAGCCAUGCCCAAUCUUUCAUACUCUGGACAUUCUUCAAGUGUCACAAUGCGCCAAAUUGAAAAGCUUAAUGCCACAUUCGGUAUCUCUUCAAAAUUUGACAAAUCUGAAAAUAUCGAAUUGUCAUGGAUUGAUCAAUUUAGUGACAUCCUCAACAGCCAAAACUCUGGUGCAACUCAAGGAAAUGACUAUAAGCGAAUGCAAAAGGAUUACAGAAAUAGUAGCAAUGGAGGAUGGUGAAGCAAAUGUGACGAUUACUUUCAACAACUUAACAUACUUGGAACUUGAUAGCUUGCCAAACCUGACAAACUUUUGCUCUGGAGGUUAUUCCUCUGUAAUGUUUCCAUCUUUGGAGAAAGUAAUUAUAAGAUGUUGCACCGAGAUGAAGACUUUCUGUCAUGGAGUCUUAAGCACACCAAAACUGAAAGGAGUACAAGCAACAGAAGAUGAAGAUGAUUUGCAUUGGGAGCAUGACCUUAAUACCACCAUACAUUGGCUUUGGGAGGCAGAUUAUGAUACUCGAUUGUUAUUUACCCAAAAGCAAGGUUGAGAAUUCUGACGAAGAAGAAAAUCAUCAGCCAUAGUAUGCAGAAGCUGGAAUCAUGUCGCUUUCCAACGUAGAGUUUGUGGAACCAAUAAUCACGUUUCUUUCAAUCCUUUGAAGUCAAUUGGGCGGCCAGGCCAGAGCUUUCAAUAUUCCCGUUGUUAGUGAAAUAAAACAUAUAUAUUUGAUUAAUGGUACUUGCUUGAUCUAUUAUAUUAUAUGUGGCUUCUAUAUAUGCAUGAAAGAAUGCCAAUAAAAUAAAAACAGUUCAACAUUGUACGUAAUGGUUUGAUGCAGUGUACACCUCAUGAAUUAUGUUGUAAACUCUCAUAUAUAUGUGCAUGACUAUUAUUUC